GUGGUGUGAACGGCUCUGAAGGUUGUUUCUGUUCCUUUCUUAUGUUAGGCUCACUCUCUGGGGUUUAAAGUGAUCUGUCCCAGCCCAGCGUGCGGGACUUUGACCAUCCUGGUUUUAACUGCAGGAGACGUGCGUGGUGUUUGUCAGGGUCCAUGGCAGCUCCGGUGCCCGGAUGCUGCAGCCGGUGCCUCUGUCGCCUGCAUGGUCUGUUCCUCUCUCGGCUGCUCCGUUGGCCCCAACCAAAGCCUCCUCUGCUCCCCCCAGGGGAUCGUCCUUGUUCGUGUUGUGCUUCCUCCCGCAGCCCUGGGUGCAGAGCCCUCUCCGGUGUCCCCAGGGCUGCUCGGUGCCUUGGCCGCCCUUCGCAGCCACAGUGCCGCUAGAUGGGGCCCGUGCCCGGCCACAGGAGCCACCGCCGCCAGCCAGGGCUCCUGCUCGGCACGUCUGGCCUCGAAACCUUCAGCCGCUGAGAAGCAGGAGCAGCCGCUCGCUGACAGACGCUUCCCGAGUCCCGCCGGCCCCACGGUGCUCCGGGCAGUGCGGGAACGUCCUGCUGGUGCCCAAGCUGCUCCGGGGAAGGAAAUGGAAUUCAACAAAUCUGCUGCAACGUGCACCUGCACAGCUGAGCGAGACGGCUGCGUGAGCAACACAUCGGCAUUUCGUAGAGUCACAGAAUCACUGGGGUUGGAAAAGCCGCUCAAGAUCAUGGAGUCCAACUGCUCAACCACCCUGUGUCCUGAGAGCCUCAUGUCCGUCUGUCCAGCCCUCCAGGGCUGGUGACUGCAGCUCUGUCCUGGGCAGCCUGUUCCAAUGCCCCACAGCCCUUUGGGGAAGAAAUUGUUCCCACAUCCAACCUCAACCUCCCCUGGCGCAACUUGAGGCCGUUUCCUCUGCUCCUGGCGCUUGUUCCUGGGGAGCAGAGCCCGACCCCCCUGGCUCCAAGCUCCUUUCAGGCAGUUCAGAGAUCAGAAGGUCUCCCCUCAGCUCCUGUUCUCCAGCUGAACCCCCCAGGUCCCUCAGCCGCUCCAUCACACUUGUGCUCCAGCCCCUCACCAGCUCCGUUCCCUUCUCUCAUCUCCCUCCAGCUCCCCACAUGAGCCGAUGCUGUGGCUCCGCAGGCUUUGCUGGUGCAGUGGCCAGCGAGGCAGCGAUGACGGUGCUGGCACAGAUCAGACGUGCGUGUUUCUGACCUGCCCAGCUGAGCCUGGGCUAAAGAAGGCUGAUGCUGCCCGUGGUGGUGAGGAUAAUGGAGUGUCCCUUACGGCAGUGUGGCCUCCUGCCUAACAGUGUGGUGACGGGUGAGCACGGCCAGACAACCAUGUCCAGGGCAAGACUGGCUACAGAGGAAUUGCCGAGGCUGGGGGAGCUGCCUCUCAGAAUCCUGGGGUGGUUGUGGUUGCAGGGACCCCUGUAGAUCCCCAGCCCUGCUCACGCAGGGUCACAGAGCAGAUCACACAGGAUCCCAGGGGUUUGAAUGUCUCAGAGCAGGAGACUCCACACCCGCUCUGGGCAGCCUGGGCCAGGCUCUGGCACCGCAAAAGGAAGAAGUUUCUCCUUGUGUUCAGAUGGAGCCUCCUGUGUUCCAGUCUGUGCCCGUUGCCUCUCACCAGGAAACUCUGAUGGGAGGAGGAGCACGAGGCCGGGUGAGGUGAGGUGAUGCUGGCAGCGGGAGUGGAAAUGUUGGGUUGAAUCUCAAGCUCUGGUUCUCUUGGAUGCCUUGUGCUUCUCAGCACCAGCUCAGGGACAGGCAGGGUUUGUAGCUCGAGCACUGUGUCCCGUCCACCCCAAACAUCUACCGUGUGGCAGGAUGGACCACCAAAUCUUGUUCUUUGGCCACCUCGUUGUGCCAAUGCUUUUCCCCAGCGUGGUGAGCCCAGCAGCGGUUUGGUGGGGCUGGCUGCGGGCAGCGGUCACAACCUCUGGUAGGAACCCAGGAGGUGGCUGCUCAGCGGUGGCCUGACACGGUGACAACGGGCACGGUGACACUGGGCACUGCCACCGGCUGCUGCUUGGAUGCUGCAGGUUGGGUGGUUUUGUCCUUGAGGGAACUUCUCAGAAGCUGCACCUCAGUAGGUCUUUGAACGGGAGACAGAGGCAGAAGCUGCGUCGUCUUGUUUCAGGGCGAUUCUGGAGGGUUCAUUAGUGCAUGGCUGCUCAGAGGUGGCAAUUAAGAGCUGGUUGUUCGCAGCUCAUGGGGCCUGAAUCUCAUCCUGAGCGACACCUCUUCGCCCUGCCCAAGAUUUUCUACCUACACAGAUGGAUGUGUUUUCAGCAAAGGCUUUCUUAGUAAAAACUAAAAUCCAAAGUGACUCCAAGCUCGGAACCACGCUGCCAGGGAGAAUGUUUGCAAGGAAACAGCCCGAUCAACAAGGAAACUUGGUGCGCUGCAAAGAGGUGAAACCGUACAGUGUGACAACAAUUCCCAGCUUGUCAGAGCCCUGCAGAGGUCCCGGCCGCCUCGGCUGACUUACAGAGCUCGGUUUGCACAGGCAGCCUCAGGAAGCUCAGCCGGACUGAAAAAGUAACAGAAUUAUGUGAAACUCUGUCUGAGUCACUGACCCUGCAUCCCCAGCAGCUCCUGCAGCGCACGGCUGGUGGAGAGGACAGAAGCUGCGGCUCGGAGAGAUCUGCCCUUUCUGCUCACCGCGGGUUUCAGCUCUCCUCCCCUGGCCUCUCCCAGGCUUUUGUGCUUUCCGUGUUAAUCCAUCCAGUGCAAACCAAGAGAGGCAGCAGCUGGAAACCCUGCUCUGAACGCUGCUGCGAGUGCCUGGGGACCAGCAGCAGGCAUGCACAUGAAGACCAUCCUCAUCCUCCUCGUGCUGGCUUUAGCCACCAUAUUCGCCCUCGUCUGCGUGUUGCUGACCAAGGGAAGGGCCCCCAGCACCUGCCAGCACCGGCCCCCGGGCCAGGAGGAUGCCGAUGCCGGGCACAGCCUGGUCUUUGCCGACCUGACGCCCCAAGAGCUGCUGCAAGUGGUGCGGUACCUGCGGGGACAGCUCGGGGUGCCGCUGGUCGACGCCUCCCGUGCCAAACCCUCCGACAACUGCAUCGCCUCGGUGGCCGUGCAGCUCCCCGCCAAGGCAGAGGUGCUGCGGUUCCUGGACGCCGGGGGGGCUCGUCCGGCCCGGGAGGCGCUGGCCGUGCUGCACUUCGGGAACCAGCCGGACCCCAACGUCACGGAGUACGUAGUGGGGCCGCUGCCGACGCCGACGUAUCACCGGGACGUGACGGUGCAGAAGUACGGGGGGAAGGUGCCGUACCACCGCAGACCAGCGCUGGCCGUGGAGUACGAGCAGCUGGGCGGGUUUUUGAAAAGCCAAGUGUUCCCCGCAGCUCCGUCUUUCAUGCGUCAAGUGAUGGAGUACGACGGAAGCAGCCUGGCGGCCCUGACGGCCGCUCCCCGCGGAUCCCGGUCCGGAGAUCGGCUCACCUGGUUCGUUUUGUUUCAGAACGUGAGCGGGUUCUUCGCGCACCCCGUGGGGCUGGAGGUGCUGGUGGACCACAGCAGCCUGGACAUCUCCCGCUGGGUGGUGAGCAGGGUGUUCUACAACGGGCAGUACUACAGGGACAUGGUGCAGCUGGAGAGCGCCUACGUGCAGGGUCGCGUCAGCGUGGAGAAGGUCAGAAAAGCCCCGCGGGACGGGGACUUCUCGUCCAUGAAGCCCCGAGCGCCUCCAUCUGCACCGUUCCCUUUGCAAUAUGAGCCCCAGGGUCCCCGCUACAGCAUCAGGAACAACCACGUCGUCUUCCAGGCCUGGAGCUUUGCCUUCGGGAUGAGCGUGAACACGGGGCUGCGCCUGUUUGACGUGCGGCACAAGGGGGAGAGGAUCGCCUACGAAAUCAGCGUCCAGGAGGCACUGUCAGUGUACGGCUCCAACUGCCCCGGGGGCAUGUCCACCCGGUACAUGGACGGCAGCUUUGGCAUCGGGCGCUACGCCUCCCCCUUGGUGCGAGGGGUCGACUGUCCCUACUCUGCCACGUACCUGGACAUGCACUACCUGGCUCAUGCCGAGGUGUCCCGGACCAGGAGAAGCGCCCUGUGCAUCUUCGAGCAGAACACGGGCUCCCCUCUGCGCCGCCACUACUCCAACUUGGAGUCGCUCUACUACGGGGGCCUGGUCAACUCCGCGCUGGUGCUUCGCUCCAUCGCCACCGUGGGCAACUACGACUACGUGUGGGACUUCGUCUUCUACCAGAAUGGGGCCGUAGAAGGCAGGGUGCAGGCCACGGGGUACACGAGCUCGUCCUUUCUCCACGGGGACGGUCUGAGAUACGGCAAUAGGGUUUGGGAGCACACGCUGGGUACGAUACACACCCAUUCUGUCAACUACAAAGUGGAUUUGGACGUGGGAGGGGUGAAAAACUCCCUGGUGGCCCAGGACAUGGCGUUUGAGAUAACGCGGGCGCCCUGGAGCUUGGAGCAGCAGAUAGAGCGGCCACAACUCACCAAGAAAGUCCUGGACACGGAGGAACAGGCUGCCUUCCGGCUCCAGGAGAAGAUGCCCAGAUAUAUCUACUUUGCCGCCGACAGCAAAAACAAGUGGGGCCACCAGCGUGGCUACAGGAUCCAGAUCAGCAGCUCUGCAGGGGAGCACGUCCCCGAAGCCAGCUCCAUGGAGAGGGCCGUCAGCUGGGCCAGGUACCAACUGGCCGUCACCCGGCGGAAGGAGGAGGAACCCACCAGCACCAGCAUCUACAACCAGAACGACCCCUGGACGCCCACCGUGGCCUUCGCCGACUUCAUCGACAACGAGACCAUCACCAACGAGGACCUGGUUGCCUGGAUAACCGCUGGUUUCCUUCACAUCCCGCACUCUGAGGAUAUUCCCAACACUGUGACGGUGGGAAACUCGGUUGGUUUUCUCCUGAGACCCUACAACUACUAUGACCUGGACCCCUCCAUAUACUCGCACGACGGCGUGUUUUUCACCAGCGAGCAGGACGUGACGGCCUGUGAAACCAACCCCAUCGCGUGCCUGCCCAAAACUGCCUCUUGUUUGCCAAACCUCCCCCCUUUCACCUACGAUGGCUUCAAAAAUAUAAGCAGGCUGUAACGCUACAGGACGGUGCCGGGAGACCAAGUCACAGACGCCAGGUUGACUGUUCUGUCUCAGAUUUUCCGUUUUUUAGUGAAGCUGUCUCAACUUUCCAGUUUUGCAAUGACUUCACUUUUUAUUGUUGCUUUUUAAAUAGUGCUCUUCAAAAGGGAAGCAUAAUGCUCCUGGCACGAUGCCGGCCGGGAGCCUACAUUAUCUUUGUUAAUUGCUGAAUUUGAGUCUGUUGCAGGAGGAAAGUGAGGAGAAAACAAAUGCUGUUCCACUGCUGUAGAAGCAAGCGCUGUGUAGUGCCGACCUCAGGUUUAAAAACAUGACGAUUACUCUGGUCCAGC